UUUUUUUUUUUGUUAGAGACGCUGAUCACGUACUGCGUACGUGUGUGAAUUUCAAUACUGUUUACUUUAAAACAACGGCCUGUAACCGUGAACCGCGUCAUGUCAAAGCUUAGAUGAAUGUUUUGGCUACACACACAAACGCACUUCAAAUACUUGCGGUGUGUGGGGUGCGGGAAACAAAGGAUCGCCCGAGCCGGGUCGACUCUCGCGCGCCAGUUGCCCCAGCGUAGCUAAGCGAUCGAGACGUGUGACAAUUUUUGGCGCGAAAUGACUUCGCGACGACGAUUUCGUCUGGAUUCGGAAAGAGAAACUAGACAUAUUAUUGACAUUUUGCAAAAUGAUGAGGAUUCGGAUAUUGAGGAGAACACCACGAUAAUAGAAACUGAACAGGCAAUAGACGAGUUUAGAGGUCGCAGUCGUGUUCGUUCGUCAGUGCGUUCGCGUUCAAGCCGCGGCAGAGGUACAGUACAAAAUAUCCAACAAAUUGAUGAAGCCAAUGGAUGGUCAUAUAAACCAGUAGAAAAUCUACCUGAAAAUCCUGCCUUUCAGGAUCUAUGUAUGGUUAUGCCUCCAUUUGAUGAACAUUCAACGGAAUUUGACUGUUUUUCAGUCUUUUUCCCAGACUCUUUUUGGAAACUUCUCAAAGAAGAAACCAAUCGCUAUGCAAGUCAAAUGAAGGCAACGCAAGCUAGACAGGGUGUGUUAAAGCCAGGAUCCAUGUUGCAUAAUUGGAAACCUGUUACAUUGCGUGAAAUAAAGAACUUUUUGGCCAUCGUAAUCCAUAUGACGCUUGUUGAGAAAGAAAGUUUCUAUUCAUAUUGGUCCACUAGAGAGAUUAUACAAACUCCAUUCCCAAAAAAAAUCAUGACUAGAUCUCGUUUUAGAGCCAUAUACAGUUGUCUUCAUUUGAAUGACAACUCAAAAUAUAUACCACGAGGCCAGGAAGGAUAUGACGCUUUUUUUAAACUGCGACCAUAUUUUGAGAAGCUUUCGAAUUUGUGUCAGAUGACCUUUUCUCCCGAUGAAGAACUAACUAUCGAUGAAGGAACAUGUAAAGGACAUUUUCGGGUGUAUAACAAAGAUAAGCCCGACAAAUACGGCAUGAAAAUCUAUAUGCUUUGCGAUGCUAAAACCGGCUAUAUAUUGAAGAUGGUUCCAUUCGUUGGCGACUCAAAGACUACACAGAGCAUAAUUAUGGAAUUGUGCGAACCAUACAUUGGAAAAUGGCACACCAUUUACAUGGACCGUUUUUUUACCAGCCCAACUACUAUUGACUUGCUUUGGCAAAAACAAACCCGUGCUGUUGGAACAGUUAUGGCCAAUCGGCGUGGUUUGCCUAGAACAUGGCUUCAACAGUCUUUAGAGGUCAAUGAAAUGGUCUUCUGUCAUCGUGGUAAUCUGACCGCUUGUAAGUGGAAGGAUAAGCGGGACGUGCUGAUGCUCACAACAAAACACGCCGCUACUUGGACGGAGGUAACAGCUAAACGCAAAGGAGUUGGAGUCGUCAAAAAACAGAAGCCUGAUUGCAUCAUCGAUUACAAUCACAACAAAAUUGGCGUGGAUCUCAACGAUCAGUAUGUUUCAUACUAUUCUUUAAAUAGAAAAACAAUGAAAUGGUGGAAGAAGAUGUUUUUUAAUCUGGUUGCGAGGGCUUUAGUCAAUGCUUACGUAAUCUAUAACAAAAGUAGCAACAACACGGGUCGUAAAUUGCGAUUUUCGCAGUUUUUGAUGACUUGUGGUGAAGAACUGGUGCAGCAUGCAUCCUUAGAUGAUGCAGGCCCAUCUCGUGGUCCACAUCAUACUGGUAUGACCUCCAGAUUAACAGGCAGACACUUCAUGGAAAGGAUACCGGCGACAGGAUCGAAAACGAAAGUAGCAAGAGUUUGCAAAGUCUGCGCUGACACUACAAAGAAGGAAACGGGUAAGCGAGGUCGCAAGGAAACAGUUUUUUACUGCCCAGAUUGCAACGUGCCCUUGUGUUAUGACCCGUGCUUCAAAAAAUACCACACCAAGAAAGACUACACGUCAUAAAAUUCGAAAAAUGUUGAUGUUAGAGUUUUUUUUUUUUUGAAAACGUGCCUCA